AUUUGAAAACGCAUUAUACUUGGUAAUUUUUCCCCAAAAGAAAAAUGGAGCAAAAAGAAGAAGAUGGCAGCAGCUAUGUAUCGGUUACUUGCCCAAUUUGCCUUUCGCCCAUCAUCCAACAAUCCGAAUCCUACUUGGAUCAUUGUUUCCAUAAGUUUUGCUACAAUUGCAUUCUGCAAUGGGCGGAAGUUGUUGCUAGUAAGAAUUCAUCUCAUCAACCAUUUGUAAAGUGUCCGCUUUGUAAGAGAAAAAGCUCAUCUAUUAUAUACGGGUAUGAUGGAAUUUCCUUCCAAAAACAUCUUAUCUAUCAGAAUGCAGAAAAUAGCAUGUUCUUUACAAAAGCCCAUAAGUACCGGUUACAGUGCUACUAUGUUGAGCCAGGCAACUCCAUUGGUAAUAUUAACAUAUCUCGCUAUUGGAAGUCCUAUAAAUAUCGACAGCCAAACCAGUGGCUAUAUAGUUGGCUCAUUAGGGAAGUUCAAGCAUUGAUCCAGGAGAAAGACAUUGACAUAAUCGUGCAUCACAUUGUUGGUGUCAUUGAUUCAUGGAGAAGAAACGAGCCAAAGGUAUCUCAAGUUUCACCUGAAUCGAAACAAGAAGAUUUCAAGAAUAUGGUGGCAGAUGCUGCAAGACCUUUCUUAAGAGGGAGAACGAUUCGAUUUGUGAAUGAGCUGGAAAUAUUUCUAGCUUCAGGGUUGAACAUCGAAGCAUAUGAUAAAGUUUAUGUCAACCAUUUAGGAUGGAAAAUUCCUGAGAUAGUUGGUGAUGAUGACGAAGAACCUGAUGAACGAAAUCCAUUAGUUCCGUUAUUAUCUUUUUCUGACGAGGACCUAGAUGAAACUGCUUGAAUGUUUUUAGGAAACCCAUAAGUUCACAUGUUGUACAAUACAACUUAUACAAGUGAAAUGGAUAAAGAAGAUGGUUUUGCUAUUGAUCAUUGAUCACAUUAUUUUUGUCCAAGUUAAUCAAGCGAAGUACCAUAAAUGGUUAUCGUGGAUAUGUGGAAGAUAGAAAUACACUUAUCGCAUUUAUUUUAUUAGUCAUUCGUAGUUGAAGGUGGUUUGAGAGAUUCAAACCCUUGCACUCAUUAGGCUAGCCUAAUUUAGAUAGGCUGGUUAACCAAAACAACAAGUUGGUUAUUUUAUACAGUAAUUAUUAGUCAUUUGUGUUAUGUGUUUGAAUGAGUAUGAUAUAUAUGAUAUGAUUUAAUUAAUACUUGAGCA